UCUUCCUCUUCCUCUUCCUUCUCCUUUUCGUCUUUCUUCAUUCAUUUUCAAUCUCCUGCUUUUACUUUUCUACCUUACCGAACUUAAUCCAUGACACGCGGCAGCAUUGUAUCGAUCUCAUCUUCCUUCCUCCAUCCAGCUUUUUUAUUCAUCUUUACUCGCUAACCUAAACACCCUCUCAACUCGUCAUUUGGCACCCUCGCUCGCUUCUACUCAUUUGAAUUUUUUUUUACUUUCUGUGUGCAAAUCGAAAUGGCGCGAUAGUGUCGAAGACGCGUAGAUACGAUCUGCGUCCUUUCGAUCCCGUGCAGCAGGUGACUUCCGUCAGUUUCCGCGCCACUUCCAUCUUUUCCUCUCGAUUCUCUUGUCUCGUUUUUCCGUUCAUGCGUUUCGUACACGUAUCUUCCUGAUUGUUGCACAAUCGUACAAUUGCCUUCAAGGAUUCUUUGACGAGCCCACCCCCUCCCCACUAGUUCUUCUCUCCUUCUCUGCUUUCCUCCUUUUCGCGAGAUCACCGUAUAUGUAUACGGACGCAUCACACGCAUAUAGACGCACACGUCCUCUCUCUCUCUCGAUCUCUUUCCCAGUCUCCCUUGUUCCGCACCCCUUCUUCUCUUUUUCAUCGUAUAUUCCCCUCCAGAUUAUACCCCACCAGCCCAAUCGACUUUGAUACUUAUAGCCGCGAAUUUCGGAAGUUUCGUUUCGAGUAAGAAAAUCGUGUUCACAGUAGAAACGAAUCGAGUUAAGGAAACUUAAAUGUGCUUUUCGCCGAGGCCGGUACAGUUAUCGUGAUUGAAAGGGAAAGCAAGGAGAAGGGAAGAAAAGAGAAGCGAGGAAGGGAAAGGAAACGAUAAAAAAGGUGGUGAAUGCUGAGAGGAAGGGAUCGAGUAAAAGUUUAAAAAGGGUGAGAGACGCACGAGGAGAGAGGAAGAAGAAAGAAGUGUACAUAGAACUUUUUAUCGAAGAAAUUAAGAAGAUUUUUUGAAGGAGAGCGGUCGAGGAAGAAAGAGCAAGAAGUAGAGAGUGCCAGACGGCAAAGAAAGAAAAAGAAAGAAAGAAGGAAAAAGGAAAGCAUUGUGUAAAAGUUGAAAAAAAAAAAGUCGAUCGAAUUUGUUAAUCGAAAGGGAAAGGAUCGAGCGUGGAAGGCGCGUAAAGGCUAAGAGACUAAGAAGAUUAGCGUAAUGUUCGUGGAACAUGCGGCCCAGUGGGCCUGGAAAGCUAUGGGUGGUACGAGAAUCGAAGUUCUUUACACGCUUCUCGUGUUCAUAGGUGUGCUGUUGGUGGCUAGAUGCUUGCAAUGGCUUAGGUACGUUCGUUCUUUACCUCCUGGCCCAUGGGGCGUACCCGUGUUUGGUUAUUUGCCAUUUCUGAAAGGCGACGUUCAUCUUCAGUACGGUGAACUCGCGAAAAAGUAUGGGCCGAUGUUCAGCGCCCGGCUGGGAACGCAACUAGUGGUUGUUCUUAGCGAUCAUCGCACGAUUCGCGACACGUUUCGUCGGGAGGAGUUCACUGGCAGACCGCACACCGAGUUCAUCAACAUCUUGGGCGGAUACGGUAUUAUCAACACCGAGGGUGAUAUGUGGAAAGAACAAAGAAAAUUUCUUCACGAUAAACUUAGAAGCUUCGGCAUGACCUAUAUAGGCGGUGGAAAGAAAAUAAUGGAAUCGAGAAUCAUGCGCGAAGUGAAAACGUUCCUUCGUGGACUGGCGUCGAAAGGGGGUAGAUCGACAGACGUUUCGGCUUCUCUUGGUAUGUCGAUUAGCAACGUGAUCUGUUCGCUCAUAAUGGGAGUGCGUUUUCAACACGGAGACUACAGAUUCAAGAGGUUCAUGGAUUUGAUCGAGGAAGGCUUCAAACUGUUUGGCAGCAUGGCUGCGGUGAAUUUUAUUCCUGUGAUGCGUUAUUUGCCCUGUCUGCAAAAAAUUCGUAACAAGAUAUCGGAAAAUCGUGCGGAAAUGGCAGACUUUUUUCAAAAAACGGUUGAUCAACAUCGAGCAACAUUCGAUGAAAGUACUGUGCGAGAUUUAGUUGACGCGUACUUGCUCGAGAUCGAAAAGGCGAAGGGAGAAGGCCGCGCUAGUUUGCUCUUUCAAGGAAAGAAUCAUGAUCGACAGAUGCAACAGAUUCUCGGAGACCUGUUCUCUGCUGGCAUGGAAACGGUUAAGACCACCUUGGAAUGGGCAAUAAUUUUGAUGCUUCAUCAUCCGGAAGCUGCAGCCGCGGUGCAAGAAGAGUUGGAUCAAGUGGUGGGAAGGUCGAGGAUGCCCGCUUUGGAGGAUUUACCUUUUCUUCCUAUUACCGAGGCGACGAUACUGGAAGUUCUUCGACGAUCGAGCGUCGUACCGUUGGGUACUACUCACGCAACUACACGAAAUGUGACGUUACACGGUUACACGAUACCGGCUGGAACGCAAGUUGUCCCGUUGUUGCACGCGAUACACAUGGAUCCAGAGCUUUGGGAGAAACCCGACGAGUUUCGACCGAGUCGGUUUCUCUCGGCCGAAGGCAAAGUCGAAAAGCCGGAAUACUUUAUGCCUUUCGGUGUUGGCCGACGUAUGUGCUUGGGUGAUGUACUGGCGCGCAUGGAAUUGUUCUUGUUCUUCAGCUCGCUGAUGCACACGUUCGAAUUGAAAUCACCGCAAGGUUCAUCGUUGCCGAGCUUGCGCGGCAACGCUGGUGUCACUGUCACACCCGAUCCUUUCAACGUUUGUUUAUUACCGAGAAAUCUGGACAUUAUCGAAGAUGCGAACAACGACACGAUCUUUGGUGGAAUUUUACGGAAUAUCGGCAGUCACUGAAAAACCUGCGAUUCCCUUUUACGCUCCAACGACAAUCCACGGAGCACGGUAGUCGUUCCUAGUGCGACCCGAUUUCAUUUUCUUCUCUUUUUUUUUUUUUUUUUUGCUUUUCCUCACCCGAUUCCAUUCGAUUUCACUCGAUUCGUGGCUGUAACCUUAUUCUUAUUAUUAUUAUUCAAUCCGAUCCAAUUAAGAAUCGCUUCUUUUUCAUUUCAUUUUAUCGCCUACAUUUUUCCACACUUUUCCUAUCGCUUUCCUUCGAUUUGCUGAUUUGCAAUAUUUAAUUUGCAAUUUGCAAUUUGCAAUUUAACGGUUGUGUACUUAUUGGACGAGCUCUCCUCGGUUCUUACACCACCUUUUAUUUAUUCGCGUUUAGUCACUAGUUAUUUAGGAAAGGUAUGUUAUACGUUAUACGUUCAAACCUGAAGAAUUUCGAGCCUGACGAGCUUAACGAGCCAUGUUGAUCCAAUGUUUGUACUAUGUAUACAAUUUACAAAGGCGUUUUGCAACAACGUUACCUUUUGUCGUUAAAAUUGUUAUCGUGACGUUGUCUCAGACGCGAUAAGAGACAAAAGACUUGUAAAUAGAGAAACGGCAGCAACACAACUGGUGUAACUGGUGUAACAGUGCUAUAGUUGAAAAUAUAAUAGUAAUAGCGAUAGUAGUAAAAGCGAUAUAGCGGUAAUAAUAUUAGUAAAUAGCGAUAAUAUGAAGCAACAACGAUAGCGCAUCGAUAGGAGAAUCAGUAACAGCUAUAACAUUGGCACGUAAUAUGUAGUAAGAAAGAGGAGAAAGAAAAAGAAAAGUAAAAGUAAAGUAAAGUAAAGUAAAGUAAAGCAAAGUAAAGGAAAAGAAAGAAAUGGAAAGGAAACAAGUGCGCGCAACAAAGUGUUCAGUGUACACACAGAUUGUCCAAGUACCUAAUAUAAUAGGUUUAGGGUGUAAAGCGUAGAGGGAAUAGUGGCGGUCGACGAGAGCGCGAGGUUGCCUUCGUCUCUGAAUUCUCUUUUUCUUUUAUCGUUUGAAAGUUCCAACGCGACUGGAUCGGAAUGGAUUAAGUCGUAGGGCUGGCCGUUGGAUGAACACGGCUAUUGACCUACACAACACGGUGAUUUUCGUGAAAGUUAGAACGAGAUUCUUGCGACACCACAGCGCAGUUAGGUAGCGUGUAGAAUUCAAGAGAGACAUCGAACAACUCGAUCCAUUGGGUGCGAGCAAAGAUUAAGGCUGUGAAUCUCGAAUUUAGGACGCGGGAUCCUCGAGGUCCCUGUGAUAUCGCGAUCGUAAAAUCAUUUCCAAAGAUUUUUUGUUGCGUGUCCGGCGAACACCGACGAAGCACCGACACAAUUUUUUACCGAUUACAAUUUACUUACAAUUAACUUUAUUCAUUAGCUUUCGCCUUAAUAAUUUUGAUGCGCCUCUUAUCUAUUGGUAGAUAACAAGUCUACAAGUCUAAUUUGAAAGAAAUCUAAUUGCGUCGAUACCUCGUCUGUAUUCACCAGUAAGAAAAUGAUUGUAUGUACAUACAUGUGGCAUGUUCGAAUCGCGGAGCACCGCAUUGUGUUCACCCGCCGACCGCGAAUCUGUGUUAUUUAAUCUGUUGUUCUCUUUUCUAACGAUCAUUAAAUGUAUCUACAUAUGUAUAUUGCUUUUUAUCCGGCAAUUUUAUUUUUACCUACCCCUCUACUAAUAGAAUGCCCGUAUCUACUAAUAGAAUAGAGUAUCUACUUGGUACUUGGCGUGAAAUUCGAGUUAAUUACCCCGUGAAAGUAAACGAAUAACGGGUACAUACCGAGUACUCGGCACUCGGGGCGCUUGCUUACCCAUCGUUCGUUAAUCUUAAGCAAACGAAAGAACAGCGUAUAGCCUACAAAGCAUUGAUUCGAAAAGUUGAUAGAAACGAAGGAAAAGGAUGAAGAACGAGGAAAAACGAUGAAAAACGAGGAAAAACACGGAA